CCAUUUUAUUCGCCAGAAGGCGGCGGAACGUUGAAACUGAAAGAAAGCCGUCGCCAAUGGAGUUCAUGGUUCUCCGGCACCACAUACCCAAUACAAUAUUGACGCUCACUGUCUCUACUCCCUCCAAUUGCUUUCGUAGCCGCUCCUUUACCAGGAACAGAAUAGCAGCGAUGACGAUGGGGAAAUCAGUAAGACGUAGUCAAGGAAUUAAUGGAAAACCAUCUUUACCAUCAUUGGCAGCGAAGGCAGCAGCGUCAGGAGUUCCACUUCCGCCAUUGGACUUGACAGAAGACAAUGUCAGACAAGUCUUAGCCGAUGCCCGUGUUGAGGCAAGUAUAAAAUUUUAGUUCUUUUUUUGUUUUUAUUUUUCCACUUGAACUGUUCUAAUUGAAUCAAUUUGUAUGGUAUUCUACUUCGAUGGAUACUUUUGUACUAUUUAUUAUAUGGGUGUGGUUAUGGUCAUGCACUAAAGUGUUAAACGCAAAGGAAAAUAGUACAUAUACCUACUUUGUUACACAUUUUUACAUUCUAAUAAUUUUCAUUACUUGAUCUAUUAUAUAUAGGCGGUUGACUAAAAAUAAGGUAUAUGUAUUAUUGUCUAAAUGCAAAGUAUUAGUGUAUAGAUUGUAUGGACUGAUUUUAAUAUAGUAAAUAUUAAAUAUCAACUAUUUUAUUAUUUAUCAAUGGUUAUAGUUAUUAACUACUUUUGAUAGUGAAACUAGAGAGAGUAAGUGUGGUCAUAACCAUACCCUUAUUGUGUUCACCAGGUCCACAAUGCCUAAUUAAUGCUUAGGUUAGCAUGGUAUUGAACCCACUUCUCUAAAUUAGAUUAUCUAUUCAAUGUUGUCUUUAGUUUUAGAAUGGUGUGUGUUUUUUGCAGCUAGCUCAACUGUUUGACACCUCUGUUGGAAUAACAGGUGAUUCCUCCUAAGCUUAAGGGGAAGUUCAACUUUCCGAGUUAGAUGGACCUUUUGUGAAGAUUAGUCUCAAAGGUCGAUUUUGGCACAAACGUUCCACAGUUGUUGCUAGAGUUGGUAAUUAUUUGAAGCAGAGAAUUCCAGAAAUUUUGGAGGUUGAUAUAGAAGAUGAGAAACAAUUAGAUGACAGUCCUGAAAACUUUUGAGUUUCUCAACUGCAUAUUGGAGCAAUAUUCUUUAGUUCAAUGGAAGAAAUUCUGGACACAGAUUCAUUGUUUGUGCAACUUAUGACUGACAAUCUGUUACAUACCAUUACUGCUGGUUCAGUCAAAACUUCGGAAAUUUUGAAGUCUGCUUUCUCAUAUUAAAAAUUUAAUAAAGCAUGUGAAUGACA